AUGACAGGAGCAGGACCACCACUAUCAACUUCAUCAUCAUCAUCAUCAUCGACAGUUGAUAUUAAUUCUAAUCAUAGUGAUAUUUGGGAGAGUAGUACAAAGCCACAAUUAACCUCUAAAUUAAUUGAAUUAACAAAAAAAGUUGAUCAAAACAACAAGACUGAAAGAUAUGCAACAAUAAGAAAGAUACUAUAUGAUGAAUGUACAAAUGUUACAAAGAAACAAUUAUCAAUUACUCAAAUUUUAUCUUUAUUUGCAAAUGAUUCAAUUAAAAUAAUGGAAUUAAAUAAUAUAUUGGCCGAUAUAUUUUGGUGUAUUGGUAUAGAGAUGGAAACAUCAACAAUGUAUGAUAAACCAGUAUUGAUUCAAUUGAUUAAUGAAUGUGUAAAGAAAUCAAUUGUUGAAGCUAAAUUGUUAAAAGAAAGAUUGGAACCUGAAAUGUUGGAAGAAUGUGGAAUCAUUAAUCAAGCUGAUAAAUUUGUAAAAAAAACUAUUAGAAUUAAUACUAUUAAUACAUAUACACAAGUAAAAUAUAAUUUAUUUAAAGAAGAAACUGAAGGAUUUUCAAAGAUUAUAUCAGAAUUGAACAAAGGAGAUAGAUUAAAUGAAAUGACAUUGGAUUCAACGAUUGAUAAUAUCAAAUCAUUGAUUGGAUAUUUUAAUUUGGAUCCUAAUCGUGUAUUGGAUAUUGUUUUGGAUGCAUACGAAUUAAAUAUUCAAAACUCUACCUGUUUUAAUAGUAUCAUCAAAUUGUUUAAACCAUCUGCCAUUCCUCAACUAUUGGGUUUUAAAUAUCAAUAUUUCCAAAAUCAACAAGAUACUCCUUCUUCUCUUUAUGAUUUAACUGCUAUUUUAUUAAAAUCAAAAAUCAUUACUUUGGAACAAAUUUAUCCUCAUUUGGGACCAAAUGAUGAAGAUUUAAAAUUACAAUAUCAAUCAAAAAAAGAAGAAACUAUAGCAAAUGCAAAAAAGAUUGGUAUGAUUUCAUUGGUAGACAAGGAUAUUGAAAAGGAAAAGGAAGGUGAAAAAAAAGAAACAAUCAAAGAUGGUGAUAAAAAGGAAUUAAAAGAUCAAUCACAACAACAAUCACCGGCUACUACUACUAUUGCUCAACCAUCAUUGGAUCAUAAUAAUCAAAAGUUUGGAGUUUUAAUUUCAUUAUUAAAUAUUGAUGAACAUGAAUAUUCAAAUCAAUUAUUAUAUCAUUUAUCAAAUGUUGAUCCUGCUUCAAAUUCUAUAGUUUGUAAAGCAUUAUGUAAAAGAUUAACAAAAAUUAUUAAUCCAAUUUAUCAAAAAAUAUCAUUUUCAAUUUUAAAGAAAUCAUUAAUACCUGGAACAAUUGAUAUUGAAGAAUUUAUUAAACAAUCAGAUUUAAUUUAUAAUCUUUUAUAUUAUUUAAAUGUUUAUCUUUCAACAGAUACAAUAUUAUUAAACAAAAUUGUUAGAAUUUUAAAAGAUUUAAUUCAAUCUGUAAAAAUAUGA